AUGCAGAUUUAUCACUGCAGCCGGGCUCGGGGCACUCUGGUCUGUGCCACCCUCCCAGCCACACAGACGGCAGGACGGGGCCGACAGCUGCCUCUCAGACCACCGAGCAUUAUGGAGGCUCUGUGCGUACGACCCUUGAAAGAGGAUGGUGUCGUGACGGAGGAAGAGGAGCGGGAGAGAUGUGGGGGACAGGAAGAUGGAGGAAGGGAGGCCUCGUCUCCCACGGGCUCCACCACAGACGAGGACACAGAUGAGGACUCGGAACCGGAGCCCCCGUCGGUCGUCUGCAGGAAGGUGUCGUUCGCUGACGCAUUCGGCCUCAACCUGGUGUCGGUGAAGGAGUUUGACAAUGUUGAGGCGACGGGGUCAGAGGUCAGCCGGCCUCCUGAGAGGGACGCUGCGUUUCCUCUGGAGGAGUUCUACAUGUCCUGUCUGUUUACAGUCCCAUCAUCCCCGGAGGAGCUGGACCAGAGGCUACGGGAGCAGAUGCUGGAGCUGGAGAGCAUCGAACUUCUCCCAGGAACCACCAUGCUCCGCGGGACGAUCAGGGUGGUCAACCUCGGCUACAACAAGUCGGUUUAUGCCCGAAUCAGCCUGGAUUGCUGGAGCAGCUACUUUGACCUGCUUGCGGAGUACGUGCCCGGAUCCAGUGACAGGGAAACAGACCGAUUUGCUUUCAAGUACAGUCUGAUUCCUCCCUUCGACAGGGAGGGCACCAGGGUGGAUUUCUGCCUGCGCUACGAAACGACGGCGGGCACCUUCUGGGCCAACAACAAGGAGAUUAACUACGUGCUGUUCUGCCACCAGAGAGGGCAAGCGAAGGAGCUCGGGCCUCAGGUGCUGGAGGAGAGCGGCGGCUACAAGAGCAAGAGGAGCUGCCUCAAAGCGAAAAGGAGGAUAAGUGCAGAGGAAAAGACCAAGGAGUCCAAUAACACAGCAACACCCUCUGCAGGAGCACAAGUCCCUCAUAAAGCACAGGAGGCUGAGAGACAGACGGCGGACAGCACAGAGACACACUCGCUAUUACACCACGAAGGACACAAAGCCUUGGUGGACGGGGUGAAAAGCUGGCCCAGAGGAGUACGUUUGGCCCGUGUGCAGGAGGACCCCUCCCAGAGGAGGCAAGCACGACGGGUAUAUUCACAUGACUCAGCCGGUUGCCAGAAGAUUACUCCGCCUGGGCCAGCUCCGUGGUGUGACCAUGUGAGCAAUCGCUACAACCGCCAGAAAAAGCCAAACGACACUCCGCCUGUCCUCACCUACCAUCAGAUCCCUCUGCUCACACUGGACUGGAAAAGCGAUACGCCGCAGCGGUGGGGGGCUGCUGAUAUGGAUGACAUCUGGGCUGGGAACGCUAAGCAGACCAGGCCAAAGGCGUCUGUUGAAAAUAUAGAAGCUACGCCGUCUGUUAAUGAUUUGUGGGAGACUUUUCUUCACGGUACAGUUGAUACCGGUGAUAAAGACACCUCGGCUGGUCACGUGUGGCAGGAAUUUCUAAAUGAGCCGAGUCGUCAGGACCAUUCUGGUGUCCCGGAGGCGGAAUGGCUGCAAACAGCGGCGUCGGUGUCUCCCUCAAAUCACAGGGGGCCCCAAUGCUCGGCAAGAAGUCACGCCUUUCGAGAAGUUCAGAUGGGAACGGACGCACCCACCGCCUCAGAGACGACUUCAUCUAACUCCGACCGCCAGCCGAACGCAGAGGCGUGUGUCUGUGACAACACGUUGACCCGAGGAGCCUCGCAAAGGUCGCAGACGAAUUCUGUAACACACACUUUAGAGGAAUGUAGCCUCCAGGGGGUGAGGCCUGUGUCCGGGGGCUCUGUUGACAGUUCGGCCGCGUGUCACAUGCUUCCAACCUGGGAGCGGGCGGGAAAAAGAGGAGAAGCAGAAGGAGCAGGCGGAGAUGAGCGCGUCGCACCGCUCGCGGCCGAUUUAGUAACAAGCUCAGGGGAGUCGAAGACAGCCGACAUGACAGAAAUGCCAGAGUCUCAGAAUGCCAGCGCUGUUGAUAGGAUCUCACAGCGAGCGAGGCUGGACGAGGGUCUUUCAUCUCGUGGGGAAGGGGAGGGUACAGGUACCGCACACAAUGAGACACGUGACACGCUGGCAUUUAGGGAGACAAUCAGACAGGGGACAGAGGACGGGGAGAGUUUUGUCUUCGCCACGUCCGGAGAAACAGCGGGAGGGAUCAUGACAAACCGCACGGAAAAUCAAGCCUCUACGGAGGAGAAGUUAUUUAGGCCGCUGGAAACGGGGGCGUGUGAAACGUCCCCGAGGAACGCAGAUGAAAAACGCAGCGAGGACUUUGGGCUGAACCCAAAGAGUGAAAAUCCAUUGAUGGAGAACGAGGGAGAUGAAAACGAAAUAAGACCCGAGCAAUCGCACGCACACAAAUUCAAUCCAAACCAAACAUGUGAGGAAAACAUCAGGCCGAGCGCAGUACUGGAAGGUGGAUUCAAAUUGGAUGGAUCGGAAAAAGAUUUGAGUGACAAAGACCAGGAGGGAUUCAGACAACUAAAAUCACCGGCCUGGCAGAGGGGAGACGCAUCCUUAGUUUCAGAAGUGCAUAAUAAACAGUUGAGGACAAUCCGAGCAGCGGAGGAACUGCUUGAUGGGAAAGAAGAGGAGAAGAAUCUACGGAAAUCUGAAGAAACUGAAGAAAAGGAAAGUUUGAGUUGCAGUGGAACAAAUGUGGAGCGACAGGAAAUAAACCCAUCAGCUCAGAUCACGCCCAAUGUGGAGAUAAAGGUCCUCCACAGUGACACUUCCCCAGCAGAGAGACACGUCCUGAACCCAACAGAGGUGGAAGGGUUGAGAUUGAAAUCAUCACAGGAUGUUAUGAGGGAUCGGAGAGAGGGCGCAGGCCGUGAAACGAGCCCGGAGGAAAUUACGUUGAAGGAGAACAUCGACGCUGAAACAGAGCCUCAACGCCAACCUGCGACUCUACAAGGAGUAGAGGAGGAUAUGAGGCUGAGAGAGGAAGAGGAGAGAAGGCUGACAACAGAGGCGACGAGGGGGUGGACGGGUAACGCGGAGGACCCUCGGGUCGAGAGAAAGAACACGUCAGGGGAAUUGAAAGAGCGAGAGAAGGUGGAGAACCCUCAACGUGGUGAAUGUAGGAGAUUGUCAGAUGGAACGAACGACCUGGUUAUGGCAGAAAAGACUGUGGCACUUGAGUCGAGGGUGGAGGAGGCGCUCAUUGAACGAUUUGGUGAGGAUUUGGUCAGGAGGAUUUGGGAGGAGGUGUUUGGUCAGAGAGCGCGGGACACGAGUGUCGUGGAUGGAAUGAACGGUAGCCCGGCAGAUAUUACAUCUGACCGCCAUCCUCUUUUGGAGAAAGGUUCAUUUCCCUUGACCGAUCCAAAUCUAAGAACCCAUCAAGGCCAAGAGGAAGCGAGAGAGACAAGUAGCAAAGAGGACUCCCCUGGUCGUCAGCUGCUCGGCACAAUAAAUCAAACUCACACAGAUCUGGAUUCAAGUGCUCAUCCGGUUGGAGAGCUCGCCGCCUCAUUGACUGAACCAGCCCAAACCAUCAGCUCUGCAAAGGAGCAGGAAAACGCCUCUGAAAUAAGAAAUAGACCCAUCGCCCGUCAGGAGGCCGGUGGACAAACAGCAGAAUGCAGUCGACCGGCCCACCCGUUUCACACACACCCCACUUUCCCCUCCGAGACAUUGAAAGAGUCCGACGACCUCGUCCGCUGGAGCCUCCACGUGCUCCGUCACAUCACCAGACUCCUGCUGUGCACCCUGUUAGUCGCCGGCUUCUUCACCAUCCUCUUCCUCUACGAUUUCCCGGCAUUCAUCGCGCUCUACGUGUUUUCGGCGUGCUGGUGGUUUUACAAGUGGAGGACACAUCGGGUCACGGUGCACAAGGGGGUGGGGAGAAAGUUUGCGGAGAAAAGAGAAGGCGUUGAAGAGUGCGGUGCGUCGCAUUGAAACUUGAAUGAUUUCUUCGUAUAUGUUCAUACUGUACAUUCAGACGGGUGAGAACCUUGUUGAUCUGUGACCCCUGAAAGAAAAGCAUUGUCCACUUGUGACACCCAUUGUGU